AUGGAUGAUGAUGGAAUGAAUAUUCGUGGAUUAUGUAAUUCUUUGACAUCAUUUCAUUAUUCCACAAUAUAUAAUAAAGUUUUCGUUGCAAUAUUUUCACAUUAUGUGGGAAUUUCUUGUUUGUUACAACAGAGAUUGUCAUUUAUUUUUGGCUUCUCGUCGCCUCAGCAAUGUCUUCUAUGCUUAAAAACAUAUGAUGAAUGCGUAGCUAAUGGAUAUGAGGUUUUACCUGAACAAAUUUUGGAUAUAAAUACCGUUCAUUCCUUAUUGCUGUUUAGACACGAAACCGGGGAAAGAAACACUGAAUUCCGUGAACCUAGUGAAAGACCUAUACAAAUUUUUGUAAAAACACUUUCAGGAGAAAGUCGGGCAAUGUUCGUCUCCCCAUAUAGAACUGUCCUUAGAUUUAAACAUGAUAUUCAAGAAAUGCUCGGAUAUAACAUUACGCAGAUGCGUCUCGAAUUGGCUGGAGGUUUUGAUUUUUAUGUUAUCAAAGAAGAUUUUCUAGAUCGUAAAUAUGAUUAUGACUUCACGAAUAUGAAAGAUGAAGGUAUAACUUUCAUUCGCGGUAACAUACUAUACGACAGACCUUAUGGAUGGAAAAGAAUAGCACUCAAUGUUUCGGGAAAGUAUGGUUCUGAUGAUAAAUGGUUAGGUUGUGUUGGAAAUAGUUCUGAUGAAUGGCCAGUCUCUUACCAUGGUACUAAUAAAGACUUUGCUGAUUCUAUUGCCGAUAAGGGUUACUUGCUUAGUAAAGGAAAAAGAUUUGCAUAUGGGAAAGGAAUUUAUUCAUCUCCUAAAAUUGAAGUAGCUGAAGAUCCAUAUGCGGUUGAAUUUGAUCAUUCUGGUGCCAAAUAUAAAAUUGUUUUUCAGAAUAGAGUUAACCCUGCGGGGCUAGUCAAGCACAAUCAUGUUAUAUGGGUUACACCAGAUGAAAAGAAUAUUAGACCAUAUGGGUUAUGCAUAAAAAAACUUCAAUAG